UCUGACGAUAGAGCAAUAUUGUUACCACCAUGUUGGAUGCAUGUACGCAUUUAGCAACACAACCUGCCAGACGAAUUGACGAAUAGGGACACUGCAGGACAUUGAGUUACAUUAAAAAAUGUUGAACUAGGGUGAGCAGUGACGGAUAAACGUGUUUACACCUCUGGAAGUUAACAGUAGCUUACCGUAGUAGACCAAAGAGUAGCUCCACCUUCAGCAGCAGCAUUUCCGGCGCGUCACCCAAUGACCAGCGAUUCACACCCAAUCUGCUGUGACGGAGGAAGAGUGUUUGUUUUUGAAAAUAUUGGCGCUUGGGCUAGCUAUGACCGGCUAUGUAGCUAUGCAUAAGCUUCCUUAGCGAAUUCAUUUUUUCAAUACAACCAACUUGUGUCUCAUCAGAAAACGUUACAGUGGUCACAUGCAAUGAAAGAUAACCGUUACUGACUAAAGCAACACAAAGGGAACACAAUGACCGGUGACAUGUGCAGCCAUGUAAAGGUGGUUGUGCGGGUGAGGCCAACCAGCGAGAGUGAGAACCGCGAAAACUGUCGAAAUGUGGUCCAGGUGGUUGAUAACCACAUGCUCAUAUUUGACCCCAAGGAAGAAGACGCAUGUUUUGGGUUCCAAAGAGUACGAAACAGAAAUAUCAACAAGAAGGCUAACAAGGACCAUAAAUUUGUUUUUGACCAUGUCUUCGGCGAGCACUCUUCUCAAGUUGACAUCUUUGAGAGUACCACUAAAGGCGUGUUGGACGGUGUGAUGAAUGGAUUUAACUGCACAGUGUUUGCCUACGGUGCUACUGGAGCAGGCAAGACACAUACUAUGUUAGGCUCGCAAGAUGACCCUGGGGUGAUGUACCUCACAAUGACAGAGCUGUUCAAACGCAUGGAUGAGGCCAAGGAGGAGAAAGAGUUUGCUGUUGCCAUCUCAUAUCUUGAGGUGUACAAUGAACAGAUCAGAGACUUGUUGGCUAAUGUUGGCCCUCUUGCAGUCAGAGAAGACGGCUCUAAAGGAGUGGUGGUUCAGGGCCUCACACUACAUCGGCCCCAAUCUGCAAAGCACAUUCUUGAGGCUUUGGAUUCCGGCAAUCGCAACAGGACACAGCACCCUACUGACAUGAACGCCAACUCUUCCCGGUCCCAUGCUGUAUUUCAGAUAUAUGUGAGACAGCAGGACAAAACCGCCAGCCUCAAUCCCAAUGUCAGCGUUGCUAAAAUGAGCCUGAUUGAUCUGGCAGGCUCCGAGAGAGCCAGCGUCACCAAAACCAAAGGGUGUUUCCGGGAAGGUUCUAACAUCAAUCGGUCACUCCUUGCCCUCGGAAAGGUUAUCAAUGCCCUUGCGGACCCAAAGAGUAAGACAAAUCACAUACCGUACAGGGACAGCAAGCUGACACGGCUUCUUAAAGACUCCCUGGGGGGCAACUGCAGGGCGGUUAUGAUUGCCAAUGUUAGCCCUUCGUCCAAGUCAUUCGAAGACACCUACAACACACUGAAGUAUGCCGACAGGGCCAAGAACAUUAAGUCCUCGCUGAAAAGUAAUGUUGUGAGCUUGGACAGUCACGUUGGCCAGUAUGCAGUGAUAUGUGAGAAGCAAAAGCAAGAGAUUCUACAGUUAAAGAAGAAACUAAAAGAAUAUGAAGAGAUGAAGAUGGUGCCUGGAGCUUCGAACAUGAUCACUUCCCAGAAACAAGCAGAGAUCCAAAGGGUGUCAGAACAACUACAGCGAGUCUUCUCGGACCGGGCCCAAAUCAGGAAGGAACAGCUGGAUCUGGAGAGACAACUGAAGGAGAAUGAGCUGCGCCAGCGGUACAGCGAGGAGAACAACCUGCAGGUCCAAUGUUUCUGUGCCAAAGAAAAAACUGAGAAGGCCACUUGUAAGCACGAGCGGAAGAUUGCCAGUUUACGCGCUCAGCAGCAACACAUUCGGAAACGUUUGAAUGAGGCAGAAAACCGUUUCCUGGAUAAUGACGGCUGGCUUCAUCGUGUUGAGAAUGAGAUUAAGCUGCUGAAGUCGAACGAUCAGACCUCAGAGGUGUUAGACAAGGGCCUACAUUGCCACAGACUGGAGCUGCAGGUUAAUGAUUUUAAACAACACAUCAAGCAGAUGGUCGAGCUCACUGCACUGCAGGAUCAGGACAACAAGCGUACGCAGAAAAUGGUGAACAUCUUGUUGCCAGCUUAUAAUCGGCACUACUCUGCGUUGCUGGGGGCUGGGAAGGUCAAUGCCGCAGACGAGAUGGAGAACCAUGAACUAGAGCACCUUGUGUUGCGGGAGAGAGGUGUGGUCUGGGCAGACCAGGAAGGGGCGGGGCAGCAGCUGAAAAGUGAAGGGAUUGGAGCGGAGUCACAGGAGGAGUUGGGCUUCAGCGAGUUGGCGCCUGUCCUGUCUUUCUCACAUCUGCUAUACCACCAGAGUAGCCCCUGCAGUGCAGAGGUGUGCGGAAAAAGAAUCUCACUGUGCAAUGAUGUUCCAUCAUCAAAAGGUGGAGGAAUAAAAACUCAUUUGAAACUGGAAGCACAUCCAAGAAUGCCCAUCAGGAGAAAUCUUUCUGCGUCACUGCCACCACAAAGCCCCCUGACUGUCGCCAAGACCCAAGGGUUUGUGGAGGGCAUGUUCCCACUCCAGUGCACACCAGAACCUUCUCAAAAAACUCUUAAGGACUUGCCACAGAACUCCUCCAGUGCCAUGGAUCCCAACAUGACAUUUGAAGUUCUGGACAAUGAUGAUCAAACUGCAAUUAAUUCAACUAUCAUAAUAAGCAGCGGUAGUCCCUGUCAAACAUUGACGUCAACGGACUCCUCAGAUCCCGGCCAACUACUCCAUCCUCCCAAGGCCAAAGAGGGGAACCAGAUUCCUACUAAAAGACAACAGAUCCUGUCUUUACAAGACGUGAGACGAGCCAACAAGACCUACAUGCUCAUGACGUCUGCUGCACAAGGAAAGCGUAAAGUCAACUGUAUCCAAGAAGACUUAACACAGGGUUUCUCUGCACCGAAACGCAUAAAGAAAGACCCUUCAGUGGCCAGCAGACCACUCAGAGUGCAUCGUUUUACUGGUUCAGAAGAGAACAACCCUCGAAGAGUUGUGAGGAGCGGUUCUGAAGGAAAUCUGAUGGAAACUAAGAAAUCCAAGUCCAUCUUCUUCAAAACGUCCCAACAGUUCAAACAAGUGACGAAACGGUUUUAAAGCAACAUCGUGUCUGAAUCACGCCGUUUUGCCUUUAUGAACCCUUGUACCACCGUAUUCAUCUUUUCAAAAAUAUUUUAUCAAAACCUGAAAAGAUAAAGCAUUCCAUUGUGUAGGUUUCUCCGACAGAAAUGGUCAUGUAGACGAAAUGUAAUAUAAAUUGCACUAUUUAUUUUGUUAAUGUCUUUGAUUUAGCCUCACUUUGCAGCGAAAUUUUACUUGACUGUACAUACACUGUAUAGUUAUUGAUAAUCUGUUUAGAUUAUUCCUUUAGAUUUUUUGAUUUUUAUCAAUUCUAAACCGGCCUUUUAGAUUUGAAGAUGUAUUUUUAAACACUCAUGUACACGCCAACGGCUAAAAAUAAAACAUGUCCUGUGGAUGUUCUGUGUUCUCGGUAUGUUGUGUACUUUAAACUAUUGACCGGUCUGGUAGAUGACCACAUUUCCUAGGGCAGCUAAUAUCAGAGGAAGAUUAUACAUGAAAAAACAACUGAAACUGCUCUACACUGAGCUUUUUGAAUUUGUUUUUCAAAUCAUUUUUUUCUGUUGUACUGUUGUAAUAACAUGGGGUUAUAGAUAUUUCAUAAUAAAAGUGCUUGUAACAGAAUGUGUGGCUGUUCUUCAAGGAAUAAAUCCCUUUCUAAAAUGUA